AUGUCCACGUCCACGUCCAUGUCCACGUCCCCACGUCCACCCCCGCCCCAUUCUCCCGCUUUCCAUCACCCCGCCCCCUUCUCCUGCUUUCCAUCACCGCACCCCGUUCUCCCGCUUUCCAUCACCCCGCCCCAUUCUCCCGCUUUCCAUCACCCCGCCCCGUUCUCCCGCUAUCCAUCACCCCGCCCCGUUCUCCCGCUUUCCAUCAUCCCGCCCCAUUCUCCCGCUUUCCAUCACACCGCCCCAUUCUCCCGUUUUCCAUCACCCCGCCCCAUUCUCCCGCUUUCAAUCACCCCGCCCCAUUCUCCCGCUUUUCCUCACCCCGCCCCAUUCUCCCGCUUUCCAUCACCCCGCCCCAUUCUCCCGCUUUCCCUCACCGCGCAACCAGUCUUCCGCUUUCCAAAGCCCCCCCCCCAUUCUCCCGCUUUCCAUCACCCCGCCCCCUUCUCCCGCUUUCCAUCACCCCUCCCCAUUCCCCGUCCUUCCAUCACCCCACCCCAUUCUCCCUCCUUCCAUAACCCCGCCCCAUUCUCCUGCUUUCCAUCACCCCGCCCCAUUCUCCCGCUUUCCCUCACCCUGCCCCAGUCUACUUCUUUCUGUCACCCCGCCCCACUCUCCCGCUUUCCAUCACCCCGCCCUAUUCUCCCUCCUUCCAUCACCCCGCCCCAUUCUCACUCCUUCCAUCAUCCCGCCCCAUUCUCCCGCUUUCAAUCACCCCACCCCAUUCUCCCUCCUUCCAUCACCCCCCCCCCUUCUCCCUCCUUCCAUAACCCCGCCCAAUUCUCCCGCUUUCCAUCACCCCGCCCCAUUCUCCCGCUUUCCAUCACCCCGCCCCAUUCUCCUGCUUUCCAUCACCUCGCCCCAUUCUCCCGCUUUCCAUCACUCCGCCUCAUUCUCCCGCUUUCCAUCAGCCCGCCCCAUUCUCACUCUUUCCAUCAACCCACCCCAUUCUCCCUCCGUCCAUCACCCCGCCCCAUUCGCCUGAUUUCCAUCGCCCCGCCCUAUUCUCCCAUUGUCCAUCACCCCGCCUCAUUAUCCCGCUUUCCAUCACCCGCCCCAUUCUCUCGCUUUCCAUCACCCCGCCCCAUUCUCCCGCUUUCCAUCACCCCGCCCCAUUCUCCCGCUUUCCAUUAUCCCACCCCAUUCUCCCUCCUUCCAUCGCCCCGCCCCUUUCCCCCGCUUUCCAUCGCCCCGCCCCAUUCUCUCGCUUUCCAUCACCCGGCCCCAUUCACCCGCUUUCCAUCACCCCGCCCCAUUCUCUCGCUUUCCAUCACCCCGCCCCAUUCUCCCAAUCUCCAUCACCCCGCCCCAUUCUCCCUCCUUCCAUCACCCCGCCCCAUUCUCCCUCCUUCCAUCACCCCGCCCAAUUCUCCCGCUUUCCAUCACCCUGCCCCAUUUUCCCGCUUUCCAUCACCCCGCCCCAUUCUUACUCUUUCCAUCAUCCCAUCUCAUUCUCCCUCCUUCAAACACCCCGCCCCAUUCUCCCUCUUUCCAUCACCCCGCCCCAUUGUCCCGCUUUCCAUCACCACGCCUCAUUCUCCCUCCUUCCAUCACCCCGCCCCAUUCUCCCUCCUUCCAUCACCCCGCCCCAUUCUCCCGCUUUCCAUCACCCCGCCCCAUUCUCCCGCUUUCCAUCACCCCGCCCCAUUCUCCCGCUUUCCAUCACCUCGCCCCUUUCUCCCGCUUUCCAUCACCCCGCCCCAUUCUCCCUCCUUCCAUCACCCCGCCCCAUUCUCCCACUUUCCAUCACCUCGCCCCAUUCUCCCGCUUUCCAUCACCCCGCCCCAUUCUCCCGCUUUCCAUCACCCCGCCCCAUUCUCCCUCCUUAACCCCGCCCCAUUCUCCCUCCUUCCAUCACCCCGCCCCAUUCUCACUCCUUCCAUCACCCCGCCCCAUUCUCACUCCUUCCAUCACCCCGCCCCAUUCUCCCGCUUUCAAUCACCCCGCCCCAUUCUCCCGCUUUCCAUCACCCCGCCCCCUUCUCCUGCUUUCCAUCACCGCACCCCGUUCUCCCGCUUUCCAUCACCCUGCCCCAUUCUCCCGCUUUCCAUCAUCCCGCCCCGUUCUCCCGCUUUCCAUCACCCCGCACUGUUCUCCCGCUUUCCAUCACCCCGCCCCAUUCCCCCGCUUUCCAUCACACCGCCCCAUUCUCCCGUUUUCCAUCACCCGGCCCCAUUCUCCCGCUUUCCAUCACCCCGCCCCAUUCUACCGCUUUCCAUCACCCUGUCCCAUUCUCCCGCUUUCCAUCACCCCGCCCCAUUCUCUCGCUUUCCAUCACCUCGCCCCAUUCUCUCGCUUUCCAUCACCCCGCCCCAUUCUCUCGCUUUCCAUCACCCCGCCCCAUUCUCUCGCUUUCCACCACCCCACCCCAUUCUCCCCCUUUCAAUCACCCCACCCUAUUCUCCCGCGUUCAAUCACCCCGCCCCAUUCUCCCUCCUUCCAUCACCCCGCCCCAUUCCCCCUCCUUCCAUCACCCCGCCCCAUUCUCCCUCCUUCCAUCACCCCGCCCCAUUCUCCCGCUUUCCAUCACCCCGCCCCAUUCUCCCGCUUUCCAUCACCCCGCCAAAUUCUCCCGCUUUCCAUCACACCGCCCCAUUCUCCCUCCUUCCAUCACCCCGCCCCAUUCUCCCUCCUUCCAUAACCCUGCCCCAUUCUCCCGCUUUCGAUCACCCUGCCCCAUUCUCCUACUUUCCAUCACCCUGCCCCCUUCUCCCGCUUUCCAUCACCCCGUCCCAUUCUCCCUCCUUCCAUCACCCCGCCACUUCCUCCCUCCUUCCAUCACCCCGCGCCAUUCUCCCUCCUUCCAUCACCCCGCCCCAUUCCCCCGCUUUCCAUCACCCCGCCCGAUUCUCCCGCUUUCCAUCACCUUGCCCCAUUCUCCCGCUUUCCAUCGCCCCGCCCCAUUCUCCCUCCUUCUUCACCACGCCCCAUUCUCCUGCUUUCCAUCAUCCCGCCCCAUUCUCCCGUUUCCAUCACCCCGCCCCAUUCUCCCGCUUUCCAUCACCCCGCCCCAUUCUCCCGCUUUCCAUCACCCCGCCCCAUUCUCCCGCUUUCCAUCACCCCGCCCCGUUCUCCCGCUUUCCGUCACCCCGCCCCGUUCUCCUGCUCUCUCUUUCCAUCACCCCGCCCCCUUAUCACGCUUUCCAUCACCCCUCCGCAUUCACCCGCUUUCCAUCACCCCGCCCCAUUCUCCCGAAAUCCAACAGCCCGCCCCAUUCUCCCUCCUUCCAUCACCCCGCCCCAUUCUCCCUCCUUCCAUCACCCCCCCCCCUUUCUCCCUCCUUUCAUAACCCCGCCCCAUUCUCCCGCUUUCCAUCACCCUGCCUCAUUCUCCCGCUUUCCCUCACCUCGCCACAGUCUCCCGCUUUCCAUAGCCCCGCCCCAUUCUCCCGCUUUCCAUCACCCCGCCCCUUUCUCCCGCUUUCCAUCACUGCGCCCCAUUCUCCCUCCUUCCAUCAUCCCGCCCCAUUCUCCCGCUUUCCAUCACCCCGCCCCAUUCUCCCGUUUUCCAUCACCCCGCCCCAUUCUCCCACUUUCCAUCACCCCGCCCCAUUCUCCCGCUUUCCAUCACCCCGCCCCAUUCUUCCGCUUUCCAUCACCCCACCCCAUUCUCCUGCUUUCCAUCACCCCGCCCCAUUCUCCCUCCUUCCAUCACCCCGCCCCAUUCUGCCCCAUUCUCCCUCCUUCCAUCACCCCACCCCAUUCUCCCGCUUUCCAUCACCCCGCCCCAUUCUCCCGCUUUCCAUCACUCCGCCCCAUUCUCCCGCUUUCCAUCAACCCGCCCCAUUCUCCUGCUUUCCAUCACCCCGCCCCAUUCUCCCGCUUUCCAUCACCCCUCCCCAUUCUCUUGCUUUCCAUCACCUCGCCCCAUUCUCCCGCUUUCCAUCACCCUGCCCCAUUCUCUCGCUUUCCACCACCCCACCCCAUUCUGCCGCUUUCCAUCACCCUGCCCUAUUCUCCUGCGUUCAAUCACCCUGCCCCAUUCUCCCUCCUUCCAUCACCCCACCCCAUUCUCCCUCCUUCCAUCACCCCGCCCCAUUCUCCCUCCUUCCAUCACCCCGCCCCGUUCUCUCGCUUUACAUCACCCCGCCCCAUUCUCCCGUUUUCCAUCACCCCGCCCCAUUCUCUCGCUUUCCAUCACCCCGCCCCAUUCUGCUUCCUUCCAUCACCCCGCCUCAUUCUCCCGCUUUCCAUCACCCCGCCCCGUUCUCCCGUUUCCAUCACCCCGCCCCAUUCUCCCUCCUUCCAUCACCCCCCCCCCUUUCUCCCUCCUUUCAUAACCCCGCCCCAUUCUCCCGCUUUCCAUCACCCUGCCUCAUUCUCCCGCUUUCCCUCACCUCGCCACAGUCUCCCGCUUUCCAUAGCCCCGCCCCAUUCUCCCGCUUUCCAUCACCCCGCCCCUUUCUCCCGCUUUCCAUCACUGCGCCCCAUUCUCCCUCCUUCCAUCAUCCCGCCCCAUUCUCCCGCUUUCCAUCACCCCGCCCCAUUCUCCCGUUUUCCAUCACCCCGCCCCAUUCUCCCACUUUCCAUCACCCCGCCCCAUUCUCCCGCUUUCCAUCACCCCGCCCCAUUCUUCCGCUUUCCAUCACCCCACCCCAUUCUCCUGCUUUCCAUCACCCCGCCCCAUUCUCCCUCCUUCCAUCACCCAGCCCCAUUCUGCCCCAUUCUCCCUCCUUCCAUCACCCCACCCCAUUCUCCCGCUUUCCAUCACCCCGCCCUAUUCUCCCGCUUUCCAUCACUCCGCCCCAUUCUCCCGCUUUCCAUCAACCCGCCCCAUUCUCCUGCUUUCCAUCACCCCGCCCCAUUCUCCCGCUUUCCAUCACCCCUCCCCAUUCUCUUGCUUUCCAUCACCUCGCCCCAUUCUCCCGCUUUCCAUCACCCUGCCCCAUUCUCUCGCUUUCCACCACCCCACCCCAUUCUGCCGCUUUCCAUCACCCUGCCCUAUUCUCCUGCGUUCAAUCACCCUGCCCCAUUCUCCCUCCUUCCAUCACCCCACCCCAUUCUCCCUCCUUCCAUCACCCCGCCCCAUUCUCCCUCCUUCCAUCACCCCGCCCCGUUCUCUCGCUUUACAUCACCCCGCCCCAUUCUCCCGUUUUCCAUCACCCCGCCCCAUUCUCUCGCUUUCCAUCACCCCGCCCCAUUCUGCUUCCUUCCAUCACCCCGCCUCAUUCUCCCGCUUUCCAUCACCCCGCCCCAUUCUCCCGCUUUCCAUCACCCCGCCCCAUUCUCCCUCCUUCCAUCACCCCGCCCCAUUCUCCCGCUUUCCAUCAUCCCGCCCCAUUCUCCCGCUUUCCAUCACCCCGCCCCAUUCUCCCGCUUUCCAUCACCCCGCCCCAUUCUCCCUCCUUCCAUCACCCCGCCCCAUUCUCCCUCCUUCCAUCACCCCGCCCCAUUCUCCCUCCUUCCAUCACCCCGCCCCAUUCUCCCGCUUUCCAUCACCCCGCCCCAUUCUCCCUCCUUCCAUCACCCUGCCCCAUCCUCCCUCCUUCCAUCACCCCGCCCCAUUCCCCCGCUUUCCAUCACCGAGCCCCGUUCUCUUGCUUUCUAUCACCCCGCCCCAUUCUCCCGCUUUCCAUCACCCCGUCCCAUUUUCCCGCUUUCCCUCACCCCGCCCCAGUCUCCCGCUUUCCAUAG